UUCCAUCGGCUUGCUUCUCUAAUUCGAAGAAGAAUUUCAAAAUCAAAUUAAAAAAAGGAAGCUGCAAUUAGAAAAUUUUGUUUUAAUGUAAUUUGUUUAACAAAAAUUGUAAUAAUAUAAAAUAAUAUAUAAAAAAAUGGAUCCUAUACCCAGCUAUGAUUUAUUACAAGCUAUAGAUCCAACAAAAAUUAAAGUGCCGAUAAGUGAUCGUUUUGCUAAAUUAACUUUGUCUUCCAAUAAAAAGAAACAACAUGAAAAUGAAGCCGAGAAACAGAAGGAAAUACAACGACAAAGGGAUAGUGUUAGUAGAGAUAUUUCAAAACAAUUUGUGGACGAAAAUAAAGAAAACCUAGAGAAAUCUCAGCAAAAUCCUUUAUUACGUAGUGAGUCGUCCAAAGACACUGGAGAGUGCAAUAAUUCUGUUACUGAAGAUGAGGAGGAGGAGUUAACCAUGGAUCCUUUGCAAGUGUCACAGGAUUAUGAUAAUCCCACACAAGUGGCGCAUGAGGUGGACUUGCUGUCUCAACAAAUUGCUUCUUUAGAGGUGCAAUCUAGGCCUAUUUCUUUAUCUUCCGGUUCUACUUGUGAUUUAAGUGAACAUUCUCAGUUGGUGUCUACGGAAAGUCAACGUUCCAGUUCUAGUGGAGCAAAUAAUAUACACAUUAUCCAUCAUAUCCCCAUAAAUGUAAAGGAAGCCUUAGAAGAAACCAUAGCGCUGAAUUUAAGCUCUUCUACUAAUAGUAAAUUGGAAAAAACUUAUGAAAUGACUGACGAUGAUGAAGAAAAUGAGGAAGAAGAGGAGGAUGAAGAUGAAGCCAUUACUAUAUCAGAUACUUCUGAAAGCCAUCCUGAGCAGCAAGAACAAGAUGUAAUGGGCACUUCUAGUCUGCCCUCUAAUUCUCUAACAUCUGAUUUAAUACUACCCAGCUUGACUGAUGAUAAGGCUGAGCGUGUGGCUGCUUUCUUAAGAGAUGUAUCUUUGGAGCGCCAUGCUAUGGCGGAACAAGGAAAUUUAGUACUAAAUGAUACGGUAGAUCAGAUUUUAGACAAUAGAGAAAUUGACAAAAUACAAGAAACUUUAGCCAAAUCAAGGCAAAUUGCUACGGCUGAUACAGAAUCAAUGACUCCAGAUGGUGAAGAGGAAGUUACUCCAACAUCUCAACUAGAAAGAGAAAAAAGACUUAAAGCUUUAGAAGAACCUUUGGGAAAGGCACAUAAUAAUCAAGAUAAUUUAGAAAUUUUAACAGAAUCUGAGGAAGAAACUUACCCUAGACAAGGCAAUAUUGCUAAAAAUGUACACCGAUUGGCCCAUGAUGAAACCCAGGAUAAUACAGUAAUGUCGCAACUAGAGGAAUGUUUGGAUGUGGAAAGAACUCCCAAAGUUGUUAUUAAUCACAAGACUUCUUUUACACCAAGCAGUCCCAAAAUAAGUCAGAAUAAUAAUGUAUUUAGAAUGGCCAAUGAUGAAACACAAUGUAAUACGGAACUUUCCCUAAAUGAGGAGGAAAAUGAAACUCCUAAAGCUUACAAUAAUAAAAAUAAUUCCCAUAGACUAGCCAAUUUGGAAACUGAAGAUAAUACGCUGCACUGUUUAACAGAACAACAUUUGACUGAAGACAAUAAUAAAAAUAAUUCUCGUAGAUUGGCCAAUUUGGAAACACAAGACAAUACAGAACAACCUUUGAGUGCUCAGAAAACUAAAGAAACUGAUGAUCCUUGUCGUUUAGUUAAUGAUGAUACAAUAGCAAAUUCUAUAAUAACUGGGGACCUGGGACAACAAUCUUUAGUUUAUAAUUAUACACAAGAUUAUAAAACCCCUGAAAAGAGAGGAGAGGCCAGAAAUAAUUCUUCCAUAUCCAUACACUCAACACCACAAAGUUCUGCUGAUUCGGGUCAUAAACAGGAUUCAUUUGCCUCUAUUAUAAACUCUUCAGGUGAAGUUAAUGCUACGGCACCAGAACUUUCUAUAACCAUUUCGGAAACUGAUGAUGAAGAAAGUUUUGAGCAAAAGUCACAUUCUGCUACUGCCCCUUCUAUGAGAGAAAACUCCGAUGAUAAAAAACUUUCCAAUAGUUUUCAUCGCGAGGAAUCCAGUGAUGAAUCGGAGGAGGAUGAUGAUCAAAUGUCUCAAAUACAAAUGUCUAUGGCGAACAUUAAUAUAUCGGCUAAGAUCAGCAUUAAAAUUCAUAUACCUUCCACAGAAACCAGUGAAGAUGAUGAGGGAAGUGAGAGAAAAAGUCUAGAAUCAAAUCAACAACAAAAUGCUGAAAACGAUAAUAAUUCACAAGACAUUCCCGAGGAAACUAAGGACCAAACAAUGGAAUCAGAAAAUGAUAAUGAACAUAGUAUUGCAUCUAAAGAUCAGAGUAAAGACUCAGAUGAGCCCGAAACUCAUUGCAAACAAAAGCAAUUUAAAACCACUAGUCCUCAAGAGGAAGAAGAAAUUAUUGAUUCCCCCAAUAAAUCUUCUGAUUCGGUGGAAAUUGUUGAAGAUAAAAAGUUUCUAACCGAAGCCGAGAAACUUCUGACACAAUUAUAUGGAAAAUCUUGGCAAACACCUGAUGUCAUACGCACUCUCAAGCGCAGCAGUCAAAGCGGGGAUAAAAAAUCGAAUAGUUCUAAAACUUCAAAUUCAUCGCGUAAGAAGAAUGAUGUUAAGAGCUCUAAGGAGAAGAAUUCCAAUCAUAAAGCUGCUGUGGAGGAGAGUAUUUUGGAUGAUUUUUCUAUAUUUCGUCGAAAUAUUGUCAAAACGAACCUGGAUUCGACAAGACUUGCAACACCCAAAACAUCGGCUCCAACUAAAGAAGUUUUUACCGAACCGCGUAACACUAAAAAACCUUUAACGCAAAAAGAAAAAAACGCCUCUACAAAACCAAUGCCACAAACCGAACGUAAAGUAUAUCGUCCCCCAGUGGCUAAAGUUGUUAUUAAUAAAGGGCGUGUAGACAAUGGCAGAUGGCGGCAGUUAAUCGAUGAUGAUUCCAAUUCUGAAGGGGACAAUGCUUCGGACGAUGAUGAUGCCGAUGAAUCGUGGAGUAAAAAUGCUUCCGAAAUUGAGCUGGAUAAUUCAGAUUCUGAUUUUGAAAAUUCUCCCCGACCUAGAGGCAGAAAUAAUAAAAAGUCGAAUACCUCGAAAGGACGCAGUAAUAAAUCGAAUAUUUUGACGAAAAAACUCAAUAACUCUAAAGAGGGUGAAAUAGUUUAUUUGGAUUUGUCUAAGGAAGAGGUAGAAGUACAAGAUGAGGUGCCAGAAAGUCCUCCAGCAAAUCAUGAUGUCACCUUUGCCUCACGCUUACAGGACAUUUUGAAAACCUGCCGUCACGAAGACAAAGCUAAAUUACCUUCUUCUACUAAGAAAACCAAAAGAAAACUAUUUACACCCAAUUUUGGAGAUGAUGAGUUUGAGGCGGCUACUGCUGCUUUGCCUAAGGAAGAUGAAAAAGAAAAGACUAAAGAAACUGCAACUAAAACAAUUAAUAGAAACAAUAAUGAAGAUGAAGAAGUUUUAGAGGACAAAGGCAAUUGUCCGUUUGAUAGUCAGGGACGACCGAAAGUAUUAGAUUUUGUUAAUAAACAAUUGGAAUCGGUUAAAACGGGUAAACCCAUUUUUCAACUAACACCCUCACCGAAAAAGAAAGGUUCUUCUGGAUCAACAACAAAAACCGAUAAGAAUACAAAAACUAGUGUUACACCUAAAGCAAAAUCUAAUACUGAAACAGCAACAUUUAAAACUCCCUUAACUGUCAAAACUAAAGCUCCUGCCAAGGCCUUACAUGAACUCUGCCAAACUCCCGAUUAUAAAUAUAGUUUUUUGAAAUCUUUAGAUGUCACCGUUAGUAAAACCUUAUGUCAUCCGGAUGCCUUGUACUAUCGCGAUAAUUAUCGCACUAAAAAAGAAGAUUUAUCUAAAAUUCUAUAUGACAUGUACAAUGAGAAAUUAUUUAAGAAUCAACUUAAUGUGCCCAUAACCUGGAAUAAAAAACUAUCAAAUACUGCUGGCAGAUGUUUGAAUAAAAAGAAAAUGGGUAUUCGAUCCAGUGUUAUAGAACUAAGUGAUAAAGUUUUGACCAGUGCCGAUCGUUUGCGUUGUACUCUUAUACAUGAGCUGUGUCAUGCUGCCACUUGGAUAUUUAAUGGUGAGGGUGGUCAUGGCAGCACCUGGAAAGAAUGGGCUCGUAGAGCUAAUGCUACUUUCCCAGAAAUACCCAAAAUUGGGGUUUGUCAUCAAUAUGAUAUAGAGUAUAAAUAUACUUAUAAAUGUACUUUAUGUGCAGCCAAAUCCCAUGCCCAUUCCAAAUCCAAAAAAGUGGAAAAUAUACGCUGCUCUUAUUGUCAUGGUGCCAUAGAGAUUUUCCUUAAUAAAAAGGAUAAAGAUGGCAAUAUUAUGCCGACUCCCGUUAAGGAACCUACCGGUUUUGCCAAAUUUGUUAAGGAUAAUUAUAAGAAAUUUAAACGUGAUGAUCUUAAACAUGCUGAUGUUAUGAAAUUAUUGAGUAGUGAAUUUGCUACCCUUAAAGUGGCCAGCAAUUAAUAAUGGACUUUUUAUUUUUACAAAAAUUAAAGUAUUUUAAGUUUAGUUUUUAAUUUUAUUUUGUUAACAAGACUUUUCUUUUUUAAAAUGAGAAGCUGGUGACUUUUAUUUUGAAAUGUUU